AUGAUCCUCAGCCCUGCCGCGUCCGGCCCCUCCUCGCUCUCGAAGAUAUCCGCGACUCAGAUUCUCCUGCUGCUUGAUACCAUCAGUGAAAGAGAGGGAAAGGCAAAGUGGGACUCCAAGAGGGAGAAGAUACAGCGACUGCUCGAUUCCAACGGCAUGGAGGUCUUUGCCCAGUUCUUUCGGCGGACUAUCACCCUCAACACCGCCGCCAUCUUCCAGGGUGCCAAAGACUUCGAUCAGGGAAGCUACAAACUGCUGCGUGAAGAGUUGGAAAAGGUCGCUUCCGACCCAGAACAGCCAUCCAAAAUUGCCGAGGCCAUUGACACAUCCAAGGAAGACUCGUUCCGCGACUUUGACCUGGUGACCUUCAUCCAACAUUUCUUCGCUGAUGCCCUUCCUCAAGUCAUUCUCGCCGUUGCCUUCACAAAGUGCGCUCGAGUUGACCUGAGGACGAAGGCAGAAAAUUUCCUCGCCGAGUUCGCUCAAAGCUCCCUGCGCUCCCUAACGGAUAGGCGCAAUGGGAAUGCGCAGACAUUCGCUGUCGAGAACAUCUGCUCCGUUAUCGAAUACUUUGCCCUGGCCGCUGCAACGUCCACGCAGCAGCAGAAAGACGAUCUCUGGCGUGCAGUCAUCAGUCGAUACACUGGUCCCAAACCUGAACAAUUCUACGGUGCCUACCAGCUCCUACGCCUCUCAGCCGAAGCUCGAGAUAUCGCCCGUGGUCUACAACGUCACGGUCCCAAGGCCGUCGCGUCGGAACAGGCCGCGCGAGAUUUCCUGGCGUCGUUACCUGCAACUAGUAUCACAGAGGCAGAGGUCGCUAAUGCCCUCUUAUUCCUUGUCUUCUCCAUCGAUCAACAAUAUGAAAUGUCAAAUUUGGUGGAGGCCCUUCGGGCGAAACAGCUGGACUGGAAUUUGGUGAUUCAAGGAUUUGAUAUCCCGGGUCUCCGAUUGCGGAGGAGCGAUUUCUCCAGGUUAUACGGAGCUUUACUCCAUGUGGCACAAGAAGAUUCACAAUUUGACGUCCAGAAACUCUGGGGAGGAAGAUGGCAGAAUCCAAAUACGCAGAUAUCGUUCCUCGGUGGCUUUCUUGCGUCUUCGUCCGCAGACAUCCGUGCGGCGACGAUACCACGUCUCCGCGAAACUUUGCCCGCAGAAGACUUGAACAACUUCUCCCCCGAAAUGAAGAGACUGAUCAGUCCUGAGCUCGAUGGUCCAUAUGUAUCCGCCGAUGCGUGCCAAGCCAUUUUUGAAGUGGUUCUAGGACCCGGGACUGGGACAGAUGGAGAAGACCGCCUCGAUAUAUUGCAGGAUGUGUACCACAAUCAUCCGGCUGUCUUUCUUCUGUUCUUGGCGAGGACAAACGCGAAGUCGUGGGUGCCAGAUCAGGAAAAAUUCAUCGCUGAAUGCUUCCAGUUGUUCCUUGAGAAGCAACGGCCAGACCAUCGGCCUGUACUGGAAACACUCGCGUCUCAAUAUCCCCAGUACCUAUUCGAGCUCUGUCAUAUUGUCUUCUCACUAGACCCUCGACAAACGGAAGUUAUAUUCGAUCGCGCUCAAGAAUUCGGGUGGACUGAAGAAUUCCUCAAACAUUGGUCCAACCCGCUGGCCCUUGAUAUCGCCUGCAUGCGGGACAAGAUCGAUCCGGCAUUCGAUCUGGACCGGUAUCUCUCGGAAGCCGCUGAUGGGCAGACAAAUCUGGGCAUGAUCCUCUGCAAGUACCUCCGGAUCAAGGCAGACGACGAAUUUCGAGUGCAGCGGGGUGAAACUACUCCGCAGUCGAUUCCACUCACCCUUCGAAGUGUGCAUACGCUCUUGGAGAAACUUGAAGACCAUCUGGACAACCGCGAGCUGGUUGAGGCAGCUCAGACCACGUGUUUGCAGACGUAUCCGCGGCUGAUGAACUAUGGGGCCGGAUUCGAUGACAUACUUGAAAAAAGCAGUGAAGAGAAAGGCAACAAACUUCCCGAGGCCAUUGACAAGAAGAUGUCAGAACUGUUUGGUCGAAUGUAUCGAGGGGAGCUGUCGAUCCGUGACAUGGUCAACGAAAUGCGCAGGUACAAGACUUCCCGUGAUCCAGAUCAACAGGAUCUCUUCUGCUGCAUUGUCCACGGAUUAUUUGACGAGUAUGUCUGCUACAAUGAGUAUCCAGAAGAUGCACUCGAGAAAACAGCCCUCCUUUUUGGAAGCAUCAUCAAGUACAAACUGCUUCCGUCUAUCCCUCGAGACUUUGGCCUUGCUCUCAUACUCCGAGCUGUUCGCGACCACGGAUCUGAUAGCCUCAUGCACCGCUUUGGCAUCGAAGCAUUACUUCAGAUCAGCGAUCAGCUCUCUGAAUGGCCUGGACUUUGCAGUUUACUGCUGCAAGAGCCUUCGCUUUCGAAUUCAGAAAUCUUGCAACGAGCUGAAGAAGGACUCCGUGCACAGCAAUCCACUGGAAAUGGUCUCGGUGCGAAUGGCAUAUCAAGUGGCCACGCAACGAACGGGGAUGAUCUCGUCGCGCUGGAUACAGGUCGUGGCUUUCGAGCCUUGCGUGCUGACCCUCCUCCAGCGUCUGCCCAUUUUCGAGAUCCGGAUCAGAAAAUCCAAGAGAAAAUUCUCUUUGUCAUUAACAACCUCUCCAAAGACAAUAUGGCCAGCAAGUUGGCCGACCUGAAAGAAUCCUUCACCCCUGAGCACUAUCAAUGGUUCGCUUCGUACCUGGUGGAACAGCGUGCCAGGUUAGAGCCGAAUAACCAGGAGAUGUACUUCCAAUUUGUCAACAUGCUCAAUGACAAUUUGCUUAUGUCGGAGGUAAUCCGUGAGACCUACGUCAGUAUUGUCAAGAUUAUGAGCGCCGAAUCGACAAUCAGUUCUGCGACAGAAAGGAGUCACCUCAAGAAUCUUGGAGGUUGGCUCGGAUCUCUCACUCUCGCCCAGGAUAAACCAAUUAAGCACCGAAAUAUUUAUUUCGUUGAUCUCCUUGUGGAAGGGUACGAAACUCAGAGGUUGGUUCUCGUAAUACCAUUCACGUGCAAAGUGCUGGCUCAGGGUGCCAACUCGAUGGUCUUUGUACCACCAAAUCCCUGGUUGAUGGAGAUCGUGGGAGUUCUCUUGGAAUUAUACCAUUUUGCAGAACUCAAAUUGAACCUCAAGUUCGAGAUUGAGGUGCUUUGCAAAGACCUCAAGCUCGACUUCAAGAAGCUGGAACCUGCUACGGUCAUUCGAGACCGACCGCAGACAGAAGACGAUAUCGCGAACAUUCCUACGCUACCAGACGGCCUGGAAACAUUUGACGACAUGUCCUUGAACGGCGCCAUAAACAGGGCUGUCCGCGAGCGUCUUUCCGCCCCGGAGAUCAUGGCAACCCUCCCAAACCUCGAGGACGUGCUCAAGUACCCUCCCACGUCUGGCUCGCCUGCGGAUCAGGCACUGGUAAAGAGCAUCAUCUACCGUGCUUUUGAUCAAGCCAUCCAGGAAAUCAUCGCACCCGUUGUCGAACGAUCGAUCACCAUCGCAUCUAUCUCGACGGCCCAGCUUGUCGCGAAAGACUACACGCUUGAGCCGGACCCAGAAAAGUACCGCACGGCCGCCAGACAAAUGAUCAAAUCGCUCGCCGGUAGUCUGGCUCUUGUUACGUGCAAGGAGCCACUUCGGAUGAGUAUCUCCAACUACAUUCGCCGUCCUGCCCAAGACGAUCUGCCGGAGCAACUUCUGCCAGAAGGAGCCAUCCUCAUGUGCGUCAAUGACAAUCUGGAUACUGCAUGUUCCUUUGUCGAGCAAGCAGCCGAGCAGCGCGCCGUUGCAGAAAUUGACCAAGUCAUCGAAGCUGAGCUGGAGGAACGUCGCCGUUUCCUUGCUGAAGGGGGAACUCGGGAGUUCAUUCCGCAGGGAAUCAAUCGGUGGUCAGCGUGGAUUCCGGAGCCUUACAAGCAAACUGUCGGCGGCCUUAAUGAGGCACAACGGGCGGUGUACGAAGAGUUCGACCGAAGAGUGCAUGGAAUGAACACUAGCCACAUUCCCAACGCUGCCGCUGACACUCCUGGACGUCAGAUUCCUGACGUACUGCAAGAUAAUCUCACGAUGCCGAGCUUGUCCACACCUGCUGAACAGCCUGCGAUUCCCCAUCAAAGCCCAUUGGUCCAGCAAGAAGGUCGGAUGCUAUCUGCAAUGCCGCAGCCACGGGUAAAUGGCUUCCCUGAGACACUACCACCUCAUGAUAGAAUCACGAUUCUCAUCGAAGACAUACAAAAGGCGGCCAGGGCAUCCGAAGCGACACGUUUGAAAGAUUUGGAGAAGAACAGUUCGAUCUUCCAAGAUUUCCGCCAAAUCCUGAUCGUGCUUACUUCUUCAACGCGCCCAGCAGCAGAUCUGUUGGCUCGACAGAUCGCGGAGAAGAUCUGCCACAUUUUUGUGACCAAGCCGCCAGAAGGUCCUCUUGAGGCUGAGGUCUUAGCUUUCCUGCUUUCCAAACUCUGUCAGCUCUCAGACCUUAUUGUGCGGGAUGUUCUUAGAUGGAUGACCGCCAAUGAAGACUUGCUACUGGCGAGCUCUAAUGUGGUGGUGGCACUGAUCACGGCAGGUUUGAUGGAGUUCGCCAGGGUUGAUGUCGCAAUAGCGUCAGGCAUCAUGAGUCGAGACGUACACGGCCUUCAUGUCCUUGCUGAGAUCAUGGAUCAGACUCUCUUCACCGAUGAGCCCACGGCAAUACGAGCGGACUUUGCACAUAGCCUCGUUGCGAUGGCAGCUUGGGUCAAGGAGAAACCAGAUCUGCCUGUCGCUCCAGAAAUCAACGCAAAGUUAAAGGCUCACGGCAUGCCCGAAUUCGUCAGUGUCGAGAUUACAGAUAAAGCCAAAGCGAAGCAAGACCAAAUGCGCUACGUGUUCGACGAAUGGGUGGGCAUCUUCGAAAGCAUCGGUCCAAAUGAAAGCACCUGCGCAGCAUUCCUGAAAGAACUACACAAGGAGCAGACGAUCAACAGCACCGAGGACCUGGCUGAAUUCUUGCGGUUGUGCAUCGACUCGUGCAUCGAAUGCUACGACCGAGAGGCUCAAAGCCCCAGAGGCAGCGUGGACGUGGCUUUCUCGCACGCGGAUGCGCUUGGCCGUCUGGUGAUCAUGCUGGUCAAAUUUCAAGGAGACACCAACGGCGCAGUCCGCCUCAGCAAGGCACCCUACCUUGAAACCAUUCUGACGAUGCUUGUCUUGAUUUUGAAUCACCACCAGAUCAUGCGUGGAGUGGCCUUCCACCAGAGACUUUUCACCAGACUGUUUGCCAACAUGCUCUAUGAAUAUUCGGCAGCUCAGUUGGACACGACUGCCGACCACAACGACCUGAUGUUUGCCUUUGCCAAAUGCUUCAAGUCCCUGCAGCCAUCGUGGUUCCCUGGCUUCACGUAUGGAUGGUACAGUCUGAUCAUUCACCGGGUCUUCGUCGCUGGCAUGCUGAAGCCUAACAAUCACGCGGGUUGGGAUACUUACCGCGAGCUCAUUGGAUUGCUGCUCCUUUACAUCUCGGAGCUAUCACAGACCCCUGGUUUCGACCUUCUCAAUCUUGACCUGUACAAAGGCACAUUGAGGAACAUUCUCAUCCUGCUCCACGACUACCCGGAAUUCCUCUGUGAAAACCACUCGUACUUUUGCUCGCGGAUCGCCUACGGAAUCCCGCAGCUGAGGAACUUGAUCCUCACGGCCAAACCGUCGGCAUACCACGAUCUCCCGGACCCAAUGACGCCAGGCCUGAAGAUCGAACGACUUGAGGAAAUGAAGAGGCAUCCAAUUCUGGCCCGGGACUUUGACACGCCUCUCCAACAGGCGGAACUCAAAGAUAUCGUCCUGGGCGUGAUCCGGAAAUCGGGCGACGUGGAUGGCGCGUUGAAGCAGAUCAAGCUGGCGCUCCAUGAGGGGCACAGGGAGUCCACCGCGAUGGCUCCAGCCAGGGGCGUGGAAAUCAUGAACGCCCUUGUGCCAUUCGUUGGCCAUGAUGCACUCAGCCAUUCCCCGGGGCGAUUCGAUUCUGGUUCGACCCCGGUGACUUUCUUGACCAAGCUUGCGGUCAGCUUGGGCUAUGAGGGACGCUACCAGCUCCUCAAUGCCAUUGCCGACCAGAUUCGCUAUCCCAGUACCCACACUGACUUCUUUUGUAAAGUGAUGCUCCACCUUUGGGGGACUGGCAGUGGAGACGAGCAACAGCGCGAACUCCGGGAACAAAUAUCGCGAGUAGUAUACGAGCGGCUCACGGUUGCGCGGCCCCAUGUCUGGGGGAUGACCAUCCUGUUUCUCGAACUGCAACAGAACAACAGCUAUGGCUUCUGGGAGAAUCUCGCCCCAGACACGGCCAUGCAACAACGCCUGCAACAAGCCAUGCGGACGGCCCACUAG